AUGGGAAUUAUACUGAAUACAUAUGAUAUAGAUGGAUUUGUAACCGGUUUUGGCAAUCCAGACUGGGCAAAAACACAUGAAGCUGCUUCUCGGACAUCACAUGUGGUUUCAGCUCUUGUUGAAGGAGGUGCCACAUGUAUUGGGAAAACUGUUGUUGAUGAAAUGGCAUUUAGUAUAUGUGGAGAAAAUAAACAUUACGAUCCACCCACCAAUCCUGCUGCUCCUACCCGUAUACCAGGAGGAUGCUCUAGUGGAUCUGCUGUAGCUGUGGCUGCUAAUCUUGUUGAUUUCUCUUUAGGGGACCUUGCUUUGAGUGCUUUCGAGUUAUUAAGGGCAUAUGACUAUGGGCACUUGACCUUGGUUACUGGUGUAUCCUUUGAGAAUUUACACAAUAGAAAGAUGGAAACCAUAUGGCUGAUGGCUGACCCAAGCAUGUGGCGCCUGUCCCAGGCAGACAUGCUUACAAUUUGUUGGAUUCAGAUUUCUCUGAAAUUUACUGGGUCAACUGGCUUUUCGAACACACAGUUUAUUUUGGUGUUGGCAGGUAUUGAUAGUGUUGGUGGUGUGAGAGUACCUGCUGCAUAUUGUGGUAUAUUAGGGUUUCGUCCAUCACAUGGGGCUGUUUCUCACAUGGGGAUUAUUCCUGUUUCAACAAGUCUUGACUGUGUUGGAUGGUUUGCUAAGGAUCCCAACGUACUACGUCGUGUUGGACAUGUGUUACUGCAACUUCCAUUUGCAGUUCAACGUAAUCCUAGGAAUAUUAUAAUAGCUGAUGAUUGUUUUCAACAGUCGAAGAUUGCUGUUGAUCGGGUUAGCCAGGUGGUUAUUAAAUCCACCGAGAAGCUUUUUGGAAGACAAGUUCUAAAGCAUGACAAUCUUGGAGACUAUUUUGAUUCUAAAAUUCCAAGCUUAAAGACGUUUUAUAGCCAGAAAUCAAAUGGUGAAGUAAAAUAUUCCUCAAUGAGAUUGCUAGCAAAUGUUAUGCAGUUACUUCAGAGGCAUGAAUUCAAUCGCAAUCAUGAUGGAUGGAUCAACUCUGUGAAGCCUAAUCUUGGUCCUGUUGUCUCAGCACAAGUACAUGAAAGGCUGGAGGUACCAGAUAGGGAGAUUGAGAAUUUCCAUCUAUUGAGGAAUGAAAUGCGUGCAGCUCUAAACACCCUUUUGAAGGAUGACGGUAUUCUAGUUGUCCCUACCAUUGCUGAUCCUCCCCCAAAACUUGGUGCAAAGGAGAUUUCAUCGGAGGACCACCUUGCCCGUGCAUUUACUCUUCUGAGUUUAGCUAGCAUGUCUGGUUGCUGUCAGGUCACAGUACCACUGGGAUUCCACGACAAAUAUCCUGUUUCUGUAUCUUUCAUAGCCAGGCAUGGGGGUGAUCGAUUUUUACUAGAUACGUUACAGAGCAUGUAUACUUGUCUGGAGGAGCAUGCCGAUUUGGCUGCAAAGUCAAAAUUAUCUACUAAUGUUGUUGGCCUGGAAACAUCUGCUGAGAUUGCUAAAGAAAAGGUAUGCAUUUUCAUUUUCUUCCAAUUGUCAAAUGUGCAGGAUUAUUUGAAUCCCUGA